AUACCAGCAUGUCCAGUGAUCUUCCGCGAUCCCGCGCGAUGCUUCUCCAUCAUCUUCUGCGCUGCUCUCUCGCCCGCGCGCUCAUUCUCGGUCUCAUCCCGGCCGUCGUCAUCAUCAUGCUGAUCGUCAUGGUGUUCGUAAGCCUCCUCUCCAUCCUGCCCUUCGUCUUCGGCAUUCACGUCAGGAUCACGAAUGAUCGUCCAGCCGCUCCCCUCAGCUUCACGCUGAGCGACAGCAUCCUGCUUCUCAUCGACUCUCUUCCCGCCCCCAAACUGCGCAGCAUCUGCCUCGGACAUGACUUGCCAUCUCGCCACCUCUCGCAAUUCCCUCUUCACUCGGCGUCUUUUCUGUGAGGACGACUCGCCUAGCAAACGCUUCAUAUGAAUCGCGCCUUCCGCUCGCUCGCCAUCUUGGAUCUUCUCGGAAAGUUGAGGUGUCCAACGGAGCUUUUGGCCGCCUCUGUUGACUUCCGGCAGGGAUGGAAGAGAGAGGAGAGGAGGUUGAACUGUGGCUGGCACGGUAGGGCGAGUGAAGGUACGCUGUAUGCUGCUGGUCCAG